CCUCUGAAGGCCGGCGAUCGAAGAUCGUCGUCCCCCCACGAUCGAUGGGAACUCGCGGCAAGUGGUGGACGGACGUGGCCCUGAGCGACUUUGGAGGCUGUGCAAAGUAGUGCUAUAGAACCGGGAGUAGACGGCUCACCGAUAAGACGAGUAUGGAAAGGGCACGCUUCGGAGACGUGAUGGCUGCGAUCCUGUGGAUCUCCUGGCUGCUCCUCCGGGCCGAUGGACGAGCCGUACCUCAUCACCGGCAGCGUGGAGAAGGCGUCCGUCGAUUGCACAACGUGACACUCGAUAGCAACUUUACGGCGGGCUCCGGUUCCGCUGGAGAACUACUACUGGACGGGUGUCAUGUGGACCACUUCGAGGCGAGUCUCUUCGAGCUGCUAGGACACACCGGAAGCCUUACCCUGCACGGUGGCCUCAUUCCCCGGGUGACCUACGCUUCGCCAUCCCUCGACACGCUCGUCGUGGAUGCAACGGGUCUCGAGGAGUUUGAUGUGGACCCGGCGACGAUUACGCUGACCAGCCUGCGGACCUUGCAGAUAUCUCGAAACUCCCUGGCGAUGAUCAGCCCACGGAUCGGUUUGCUGGUGGGAUUACGGCGGCUGGAUCUCUCCCAGAACCGCCUAACGCACGUUGAACUGGAUCCGUUCGCCCGGAUGCCUCAAUUGCGCGAUCUGGAUCUGUCGGUCAAUCGGAUCCUGUGGGUUGGCGUUGGUACCCCCGGGACGCGUCUACCGAGUGUCCACAACCUGUGGGUGAGCUACAACCGGUUGCAAACGUUCGAAGACUUUCCCGGGGCCUUCCCGGCGCUAGUGUCCGUGCGGUUGAUCGGGAAUUCGUGGAACUGUGGCUGGGUAGACCGGGCACGGAGUGAUAUCAUGCGUCACGGGAUCACGGCGUUCGGUGCUGAUUACGAUUGCCCCGGCGAGCGUCAGGGAGGUCUGUGCUGUUACGUCACCGAAGUGGGCGACGUCACGGGGGCACAGUCCAGCCCGGAGCCGGUGGGAGAGUUGCAGGCGACCACCAAUCGGACCGGCGAGUCCGUCGGUGUGCGCUACGGUGAUGUUGAAAUAUUUUUAUGAUGUGCGAUUAUUUUGCUGUUAUGUUGGGUAAGAACAACAAGCAAGUGCUCGAGUAAAGCAGAGAUUAGAAAUAAUAUUAUAGAAGUGCUCGA